CUACAGCUGCUUGUAACACACACAUGAUCGUGUGCUGCCAGCCCGUUGUCUGCAUUGGAAGGGUCAAACCCCCUGCAGAACUCCAAGGUGAUCGGCUGCAGACAUGAGAAUCAUAACAGGUGUUGAAGAUUCCAGAGGAAAAAUGGAAAGCGACUUAAUAGACGUUAGCCAAUCAGAGUUGGAAAUGUAUGGAAACUACCAGUCCCUGAUCCUCCUUCCUGGCUUUGACAAUUCUUCUGUUCAGGUCUCCCACCUGAGCUCCACCCCCUCACAGCCCCUUAGCAUCAUGGUGGGCCCCCCUCACCCUCACCACCAUCACCACCCCUCCGUCAUCAGCACCACCAUCAACCCCGGGCGGCCCCGCCCAUCCCUCAUAAGCACCCUGGGCUCGCCGUUCAAUGGGCUGGGCGGCUCGCCGUACUCCGUCAUCACGUCGUCCUCUCUGGGCUCGCCAGGUGUCUCCAUGCCCCACACGCCCAUGCCCCACACGCCCACCAUAGGCUUCAGCACGCUCUCCAGCCCACAGAUAAACUCUCUGAACAGUGUGAGCAGCAGUGAGGACAUCAAGCCUCCUCCAGGCCUGGCUGGACUGGGUCACAUGAACAGCUACGGCUGCAUGAGCCCAGGGUCCAUGUCCAAGCACAUCUGUGCCAUCUGUGGGGACCGAUCCUCAGGGAAACACUAUGCCGUGUACAGCUGUGAAGGCUGUAAAGGCUUCUUCAAGAGAACCAUCAGGAAGGACCUCACCUACACGUGUCGAGACAGCAAGGAGUGCCUGAUCGAUAAGCGCCAACGCAACCGCUGCCAAUAUUGUCGCUACCAGAAGUGUCUGGCCAUGGGCAUGAAGAGAGAAGCAGUGCAGGAGGAGCGUCAGCGGGGCCGGGACAAGAGUGAUAACGAGGUGGAGUCAACCAGUAGUUACAACGGGGACAUGCCGGUCGAGAAGAUAUUGGACGCGGAGUUGGCCAUCGAACCCAAGACUGAAACUUAUAUGGAAGCCAGCACAGGCAACUCUAAGAACGACCCGGUCACCAACAUCUGCCAGGCAGCAGACAAGCAGCUAUUCACCCUGGUGGAGUGGGCCAAAAGGAUCCCCCACUUCUCUGAGCUGCCCCUGGACGACCAGGUCAUCUUAUUACGAGCAGGCUGGAAUGAGCUGCUCAUCGCCUCGUUCUCCCACCGCUCUGUGACAGUGAAGGACGGGAUCCUCCUGGCCACGGGCCUCCACGUCCACCGCAGCAGCGCCCACAGCGCAGGAGUGGGCUCCAUCUUUGACAGAGUGCUGACGGAGCUGGUGUCUAAGAUGAAAGACAUGCAGAUGGACAAGACUGAGUUGGGCUGCCUCCGAGCCAUCGUCCUCUUCAACCCAGAUGCCAAGGGCCUGUCUAAUCCUACAGAGGUGGAAGCCCUGAGAGAGAAGGUGUACGCCUCGCUGGAGUCCUACACUAAACACAGAUACCCAGAGCAGCCUGGCAGAUUUGCCAAGCUGUUGCUGCGUCUGCCUGCACUGCGCUCCAUCGGCCUCAAGUGUCUGGAGCACCUCUUCUUCUUCAAGCUGAUAGGAGACACGCCCAUAGACACGUUUCUCAUGGAAAUGCUUGAAGCGCCGCACCAGAUCUCAUGACACGAGUCGUACCCAUUGUAAAUACCCCCUGAACCCAAUUCCCAGAUCCCCUAGCCUUACCCCGGACUAUAACUGCUAUGAAAUCAAACUUGAGAGUUCUUAACUUGCAUAUUUUGUACCAACCACACUUAAUAAUGUGAAAAUAAAACGUUUCUAUUGGUAUUUUAAGAAAAUGCAACACUGUAAAAGGUGAAUUCUAAAGAGGAUUUUUUUUUGUAAAUAGAAGAGUAUUAAUUAUCAGAUCUAGCAACAACUGAAUACAUCAUGAAGUCUUAUUUUAUUCAGUGAUGAAUAGUAUGAAAUACAAUGUCACUAGCAUAGAAUAUCUGUGGAAAUAAAAAAAAAGACGACUUUGAA